UACCAUUAUUUCUCACUUACGAAUAACCUCUCUGCCUCCCUUCUCUUUCUCUCUGAUCUUCCUCUCUCCAGAACUCCAUUGUUGAGACAUCAACCCCUCUUUAUCUCUCCUUCAUUUGAAAUCUGCUCUAACCAUCCUAUCCCUAUUUGUCUAUUUUCUCGGAAAAAUCAAGCUCGAUAUGUGAAACAUGGCACAAAGAGGUAAAAUCGUAGAUUCCGCUGUCACGUCUCGAAGCAGUAAAACUCGGGUUUUCAGUGCGUCGCCAUUUCUGCAAAUUAGUUCUUCGUCAUCAAAUCGUAUGUUUAUUGCAGCAGAUAAGAAAGCUGAUUAUGAAGUGAAGGUAAGUGGGGUUGAAAUAUCACCUAGUCCAGUCACUGGAGGUCACCCAGCUACCUUCAGCAUCUCUACGUCUACUGAAUUUUUGCUCUCCUUUAAAAGGGCCACGGGACAAAAGCCUCUGAGGAUAAUAUUUUACAGGGAUGGUGUCAGUGAUGGGCAAUUCUAUCAUGUUCUACUGUAUGAACUUGAUGCCAUUAGAAAGGCAUGUGCGUCACUGGAACCGGGCUAUCAACCCCCGGUUACAUUUGUUGUGGUCCAAAAGUGUAAUCAUACUAGAUUAUUUCCAAACAAUCACAACGACAAGAGAAUUACUGACAAGAGUGGGAAUAUCUUACCCGGCACAGUGGUAGAUACUAAAAUAUGUCACCCAACGGAUUUUGAUUUCUUUCUAUGCAGUCAUGCUGGUAUUCAGGGAACCAGCAGACCUGCUCAUUACCAUGUUCUCUGGGACGAUAACAAAUUCUCAGCUGAUGAGAUACAAUCUCUAACGAACAAUCUCUAUUAUACGUUGGUUUUUUACUCACGAUCUGUACACCAAAACCAAUUUGACUGACAUAUUAAAUGCACUUUUCUCAUCACUUGCUACGCCUUGGCCAUGAUUGUUGGGACGUUGCUCGAUACUACACUAGAAGCAAGGGAAACGCUAGAAGAUUCUGGACAGCAACUAUUUUUUUUUUAUUUUUUUUUUGUUGGGUGUCAAGAGAAACCGUUAGAUGAAAUACAUUGUUGUAGAUAUUUCAAGCUUUUGUAUUUUAAGAUUUAUGAAGGUACUGCCUUUAUGUAUUUAGUCUUAUUGAUUUGAUGUGGUUCUAUUUAAUAGGUUUAAUUUUACUA